GUAGUGGAGAAAAGGUUAUGUUAAUUGAUUUUGGGCUCAUGGAAAGAACUCAUAAGUUUAUUUACAAACUGUAAUUAUUCCUGAUUGACUUAGAAAAUUAGGCUUUUUAUUUCGUAUAUUAUUUGUGAAGAGUACUGUCAGUAUGUCGUCAAUUGGAAGACUAUUCAGUAAUAUUCAGUGCUGCAGACCUGUCAGGGGAAUUUAUAGUACAAUAAAUCAAAUUCACACGACGACUGCCACACAAUUGGAUCAAAGCUGGCGACAAAGGGAACGUUUACCAGAAAAUCCAAACGCAUUCGGUCCCCUGACGAAUUUUCCAGAUUAUUCUUACAAGGAUGGAAGACCAACACCAUUUGGGACCAGAAUGCUCACCAGAAUUAACAAGCAGCGAGCCAUAUUGAAAAAAGUGAGACAACUAACGAGUGAGGUAGAUUACGCCGUGAAGAGGUACGACAGGAUCCAGCGAGAGAAUAAUGAAAGCAGAGCGAACAUCAUAGGAUCGAAACUCAAACCAAAGGGGGAGAAACUGGCGAUAGAGGCGAAGCCUGAGGUUCCAAAAUUAUCACAAAGUUAAUUACCUUAACAGGAAACAUGUUAAUUGAACACCCCUCAUGGCUACUAGGUAAAACACAUUAAACAAUAAACUAAUCGAGUUGAAUAAUCUUA